AUGAGUUUUGAAGAAUUUCUUACAGGAUUGUAAUUGUAUAUAAAAUGUUCAGAAGAUUAAUAAAUUAAAAAUUUAUUCAAAUUAUAUGAUUUGUAAAAUCAAAAUGGUAUUGCAAAAACUGAUUUUUUACAAAUGGUAAUAUAUUUAUAUUAUAAUUUUAGUUACAUAAUUAUUCUAAAGAAGAACUUAAAAUUAUAUUAAAUGAUUAAUUAUUUUUAGAAGAAUAAGAAAUCUUAAAUGCAUAUCAUCGUACAAAAAGAGUCAAACCUAGAAAAGGAAGUGAAGAUUUUCUUAAAAUGUCAUGUAAAAUUUUAUAUUCAUUUUAUUAUAGUAUAAAUGUUAAGAAAAUAUAGUAAUCUUUCAGAAAAUAGAGAAUAGAAUUAAAAUGAUCAUUAAAAUAUAUAAUAAUAACCAGAUGGCUUACAAAGUUUAAAUUCUAAAUAAUCAAUUGAUUAAAUUUUUACAUUAGAUAGUAAAGCAUAACUUAAUGGUAUACCAAUGAAAGGAUUUGGUAUUAAUCUCUCAUUUUAAGUAUAAAUAUGGAAUAAUUAUAUAGGUAAAUGGAUAGAAAAUAGAAAUGCAAGCUAAUUUAAAUUUAUUAAUUAAAAAAUAUGUUGAAAUGGUUUAUAAGGCUAAAAAUGAUUUACCAAUAAAUUUAGAUGAUUUUACAAUCUUUGUCAAACAUCAUCCAAAUUUAAUAAUGCCUUUGUAUUCUGUAUUCAAUUUUGAUGUUUGGGGAUUGUAGAAUAAUUUACCAAAAUAUAAGAAUUUGUAACAAAUUUAAUUAAAUAUAGACCAUUAGAUAUUCAAGGAGAAUUAUAUAGAAUGUCAAAGAAGAACAAAAUAAAAUCUAAGUUUUGUCAAUUAUAUCCUAAUAUUUUUAUGGAAUUUAAAAAUAAAAAUGAUAUUAAACCAACAAGUAUAUAGAAUUAUUUAAAUAAUUAGAAAUUAUUUGUUUAAGAGGAUUGAUAAUUAAAGAAAGAGUUGAUCAUGGUAAUUAGAAGUUUGGAUUUGAAAUAUUCCAUAUGAAUUAACAUUAUAAACAUAAAGUUUAUCAUUGUUCAGAUGAAAUGUCAUUUAGAGAAUGGUAAAGAGCAUUAUCUCUAUAUUUUAAUGGAGAAGUUAAUAAGAAAUAUUCUAUUCUUGAUAAAAUAGGUGAAGGUAAAUACUCUAUAGUUUACAGAUGUUAAUCUAAAAUGGAUAAAUAAUUUUAUGCAUUAAAAGUAAUAAAUAAAAUGAAUCUCUCUUAAGAAGAGUAAGAUAUAGUGAAACAUGAAAUAAGUAUUACAAAAUUAUUAAAUCAUUCUUGUAUAAUAAAAUUGAUUGAUUCUAUUGAAAAUAGAGAUCAGAUUCAUAUUAUUACAGAAUUGAUAGAAGAUGGAGAUCUAUUUGAUUAUGUUUAAAAUAAAUAAUACUUAGAUGAAAGUGAAGCAGCAAUAAUAUUUAAUUAAUUAUUAGAUGCUCUGUCAUACAUUCAUUCGAUUGGAAUAGUACACAGAGAUAUAAAACCUGAGAAUAUUUUAAUGAUCUUUGAUAAGAAUACUGUUAAAUAAAUUAGAUAAAUUAAAUUGAUAGAUUUUGGUUUAGCUAAUCAUCUCACAAAAAUUAAAAAAAAUAAUGAACAUUAAAAUUAUAAUUGUGGAACAUGUAAUUAUUAAGCACCUGAAAUGUUAUAGUUUUAAGAAAUUACAUUUUCUGUUGAUGUAUUCGCACUUGGAGUUAUUUUGUAUUAUAUGUUAAGUGGAUAUUUGCCAUUUGAUUCUGAUAUACCAUAUGAAAUCAUAUAAAAUACUAUUGAUGGCAUUUAUAGUAUGGAUGAUUAUCAUUGGUAAUGUGUAAGUGAAGAUGCAAAAGAUCUAAUAGUAGGGUUGUUACAAAAUUAACCUAGUAAAAGACUUACUCUAAAAGAGGCUUAGGAACAUGUAUGGAUCAAAAAGUAAUUGGUUAAAAAUAAUAAAGGAUGA